CGCCCAGCGCGGGCGGGCCCAGGGAGCGGUUCCGGGGCACGCGGCGUCGGCCCGGGAUGAGCUCGGAGCGGGGGAAUGUGUCGCGCACGCGGCCCCAGCGCCACCAGAACGCGCGCGCCUUCAAGAACGACAAGUACGACACCAGCGCCCGGUGCAAGAAAAUAAAUGCUAAGCUUCAUGAUGGAGUGUGUCAGCAUUGCAAAGGUGUCUUGGAGUGGCGAGUAAAGUUCAGAAAGUACAAGCUACUGACAAAACCUAAAAGAUGUGUGAAAUGCCUCCAGAAGACUGUAAAAGAUCCUUAUCAUACUAUUUGUCGACCUUGUGCUGGUAAACUAGAAAUUUGUGCUAAGUGUGGGAAACAAGAAGAAAUAGUGAUUCCGAUUGAUAAAGGACAAGACAGAACUCAGAGUGAGACUUCUAAAAAUGGCCAAGAGAGCAGUAAAUUGAAGGAUGAGCUGGAUUUUGAUACAAAUUUCAGUAGUGCAGACAGUGAUGAAGAUUCUGAUGUGCUUGAAGAACAAUUUAAAAGUAUGAAUUUUGAAAAAACAGAGAUCUAAAAGGCUGUGUUUAUGCAAGAGAUUAUAUGCAAUCAAAUAUGGUAAACCGGUGCUUGCCUUUAAACUGUUCCAAUCCCUGAUGGGACAUCUAAGUUCCUUGUAUGUUAAUUUUGGCAUUGUGUAUGAUGAUGCAUGUGGGGAUUUGUAUUAAUACACAUUUUUAUGUAUUAGGAACAGAAUUUCUUUGAAAAUAUUCUGAAAAUAUUCAACACUCUAUCUGUAUGCAUAGUUAUUUAUUUCAUACAUAUAACAACUUCCUGUUUUUAUGGAAUAAAGUCUCUUUGUGUAAUUGUUCAAAAUUCA